AUGAAGAGGCAGUCCAAGCUGUCAGGUGCAGCAAACAAUAAAAGAAAAAAGGAGGAAGAGGAAAAACGAGCCCAAAGUAGUGGGGAGAAAAUCAAAAGAACAUGGCUGCCAUAUUCCAAGAAAAAAGAUAGUUUAUACUGUUUUUGUUGCAAACUCUUUUCCCAGAAAACAUUUAAACUAAGCAGAGAUGGCUUUAAUGACUGGAAAACCUGCAGUGACUCACUCAAAAUGCAUGAGAACAGUCCAGAACAUACAAAGAAUAUGGGGUCAUGGAAAGAACUGAGGAGUCGUAUUGAAAAGGGGCAAACAAUUGACAAAGUUGAGCUGGCACUAAUAAACAAUGAACGACGUAGGUGGCAAGAGGUACUUACCAGGUUCGUGGCUAUAAUUCAUAGUCUGGUAGAACGAAAUCUUCCUCUCAGAGGGUCCACAUACACACUUUACCAGCCCAAUAAUGGGAACUUUCUGAAAGAAGUUGAACUCGUGGCUCAGUUUGACCCUGUUCUCAAAGAACAUAUUGCGAGGUCGCAAGGAGGUGCCAGUCAUACAUCCUACCUAGGCAGUAUUAUUCAAAAUGAGUUUAUUGACUGCAUCAGUAAGAGGGUUGUGGAGCGCAUGGUGACCGAAAUUAGACAAUCCAAAUACUUUUCAAUUAUUUUAGAUUGCACUCCAGAUUUAAGUCACAAGGAGCAAUUAUCUGUGAUAAUUCGAAUAGUUACAGCUGAAGGCACUACACAAAUUAAGGAAUAUUUUAUCGGGUUCCUUGAGGCCGAGCAGACAACAGGAGAAGACCUCUCAAGACUCAUACUAAAAAAACUUGAAGAGCUUAAUAUCCCCUUUGAAGACUGUAGAGGACAGUCAUAUGAAAAUGGGGCAAAUAUGAGAGAAAAAAAAUAA